CAAGCAGAAACGGUUCUAUAAAAUUCAUUCCGCACCGAAUCACCAUUAGUUUUCCAUCUCCUUCGUCGUUUCUCAUCCUCAUCCUCUCUUCGUCUUCUUCACAACAAACCCUCACACCAGACCUAAAGCGCCUUCACCACAACCUCUCUCUUCAUUUUUGUUAGCUUUUGCGGAUGGCGUCCAAGAGGAUUUUGAAGGAACUCAAGGACUUGCAGAAGGACCCGCCUACAUCAUGUAGCGCUGGUCCAGUUGCUGAAGACAUGUUUCAUUGGCAAGCUACCAUAAUGGGUCCUCCGGACAGUCCUUAUGCUGGGGGUGUUUUCCUUGUCACCAUUCAUUUUCCUCCGGAUUAUCCUUUUAAGCCUCCUAAGGUGGCAUUUAGAACAAAGGUUUUCCACCCAAACAUCAACAGCAAUGGUAGUAUAUGCCUUGACAUUUUGAAAGAGCAAUGGAGCCCUGCCCUAACUAUUUCCAAGGUCUUACUUUCAAUCUGUUCACUGUUGACGGAUCCAAAUCCGGAUGACCCGCUUGUGCCCGAGAUCGCUCAUAUGUACAAGACUGACAGGAACAAAUAUGAGACAACUGCUAGGAGCUGGACGCAGAAGUACGCCAUGGGCUAAAGCGAUGGUGACUUAAUGAUUAUGCAUUUAGGUUCUCAUUUUUAUGCUCACCUACCUGUUCUAUAUAUGAAUGAAUCCUUUAUCUCUGGGUCUGUUGCAACCAUCCUAUGCUUGCUGCUUGAGCAAAGAAAGGUCGUUAACAUUUCCCCUUUCAUUCCAAUUGGAAAAUAUUUUCUUAUUUGGUUGUGUGGAUUAAUAUUAUACAAUAUAUAUAGGACACUGAAAUGUAUCUUCGCUUCUUUUCUUUUCCA